UCCGUCCAUCCGCCGCUCUGCUGUUUGUCUGUCUGUCUGUCUGUCUGUUCCUAUGGGCGGCACGCGCAGCCCGCAACACACCCGCAAUGCUCACAGACAGCAUCCUGUAACCAGCCUGUCUGGCCACCGAACCGCUGAAAAGACACACCUCGGUGGCCAUGUGUGUGUGUGUGUGUGUGCAGGGAAGUCGCUUACACAUAGAGGCAAACACAGCACACACAGCCGGCCAGCCAUGAGUCAGUCAGUCGGCCAGGCGACCACCCGCAGAGAGCACUACAACUAAGCCGAAGGAGGCACCAGACAGACAGUCAGUCAGUCAGUCAAAGAGGGAGAAGCCCCCGGCCACACACACACUCAUGAUGAUCAUCACACACAUGAGUGUGCACUCAUGUGUGAGACACACAGCCGCCCCCACGUGUGUGUGUGCACUCUCUCCUACUCUAUGCUGACCAAACGCACCUCAACGUAGCGGACUAACCAUCCGGGUGGCGUUAUGAUUCGCCUAACCUCCCCCACCCUCAUCGACAGCAACGCCUCGCGCAACCACUCACCCCGAUCAGACACACUAGACACCGCCCCACGCUUAUCGAUGACUUUGUCCUGGCCGUCGAAUGCAUCAGCCCACCCGACGUGGUCGAACUUGACGCGGUCGGUGGCCUUGGGCACUCUGCCCGUGCCGAGAGCGAGGACCUUGUGGUAUGCGCCACUUGGAUAGCGCAUGAAGUCAUCAGGGAUGUUGCCAUUGUUGCCAUUGCUGACCGCCGCUCCCCCGCCCACUGCUGCAGCCGCUGCUGCUGCGGCUGCUGCUGCUGGCCCGUUGUGGUCGUCUUGACGGCGGCGCUUGGCACCACCGACAGACGGCCUGACACACAAAAGGGCAGCGAGUCAGUCAGUCAGAGUGCAACACACCUGUGUGUGGCUCGGCCGCUCACUCGUGGUGGUGUUCGAAGCAGAACUUGAUGUGCGAAUGGAAGGAAGGCUUGAUGGCCACCCGCUGCCCCGUGACGUCCGCCUCAUAGCCGCCAUGGCCGUCCUCAUAAACGGCACAGCCGUCCAGCAGUCCGACAACACGGUCACCCAUGGGUCUCCUGCACACACACACACACACAUGACGCCGCCCAUCCACAGUGACGCAUCGCAUCAGAUCUUCUCUCUCCUUUCGGCGGUGCUCACCUCUGCUGUGUUGCGGCUGAUGAGUGAUCUGCCAAAGCGACUUCUGAUAUCGGUCAAGCAAACCACUCAGCUCACUAUCGACACGCCUCAGUCCUGAGCUGAC